AUUGCUAUUUGUUUGACUCAAAAGCAGAGAUGAGGGCGUGGAGGAGAAGAGGGCUGAAGUAGAUCCGAAAGCUUUGGAAAUUCUGCUCUCUGCAAACCCCAAAGGUUUGAAGAAGAAGGGAUUUCAAAUGCUUUGAAUCUUCGUUUUUCCGGCUUUCCAAACACUCGGAGAAUGCCUCGACCUUGUUUUCACAAGCUGAUUUGUCCCUCCACUCUCCAAUCCCGGCAGCUGACUAUUCCAGAUAAUUUUCUGAGAAAAUUUGGGUGUGAGCUUUCUUCUGUGGCUACCCUUACUGUUCCUGAUGGCAGUGUGUGGCGAGUAGGCUUACAAAAAUUGGGCAACAAAUUUUGGUUCCUUGAUGGCUGGCAGGAAUUUGUUCAACGCUACUCCAUUGGUGUUGGUUACCUGUUGGUAUUCAGAUAUGAAGGGAAAUCAUCAUUCAAUGUUCAUAUUUUCAAUUUGGCUACUUGCGAGAUAAAUUACCAAUCAAACGCACGAAGCAGUAAUGAAGGGCCUUUCUUUGCAAAUCAACAUCUUAAUUUUGAUGAUAUUGAAGAUGAAGACUCCAUUGCAUUCUUAGAUUCAUCGCCUUCAUCCCUUACUCCUGAUGCAAUGCAGAACAAGGCUUUUCCUGGAGCUCCAGCAUUACAGAAUUUGUUCCAUGGAUCUAAACUCAACUCCAUAAACUGGGGAGAUGGGGGGAAUUCCUUUUCUCCUAAAGGUGCCAAUUCUCAAGACAAUCAGUCAAGCAGAAAUAUAGGUGUUCAGUUUAAUGCAGUUGAAUUCAAAAAGUCUACUGAAGAGCUAAAGUUGCGUUUCUCUAAUGAGGAAAUGCAAAGAGUUAAAAAAACUAUAAGAAAGAAGCGGAAAAUGGAUCCUAAUGGGCAAGCAUCCUCAGCUCAACAUGAAGAAGAGGUGGAAAUACGCUAUAGAUUUUAUGAAAGUGCUUCUGCAAGAAAAAGAACUGUGACAGCUGAAGAAAGAGAAAGGGCAAUUAAUUCAGCAAAAGCAUUUGAACCGGAUAAUCCUUUCUGUCGGGUUGUCCUGCGACCCUCCUAUUUGUAUAGGGGAUGCAUAAUGUAUUUGCCAUCCUGUUUUGCAGAAAAGCAUUUGAAUGGGGUUUCAGGAUUCAUUAAACUCCAAAUCUCUGAUGGAAAACAGUGGCCUGUUCGCUGCCUUUACAGAGGAGGGAGAGCAAAGUUAAGCCAAGGGUGGUUUGAAUUUUCGCUGGAAAAUAAUUUAGGCGAAGGCGACGUCUGUGUUUUUGAACUUCUUAGAAUGAAGGAAGUAGUGUUGAAAGUUACUAUAUUUCGUGUCACUGAGGAUGCAGGAGUGAUGAGCCCCCCUCCUAUGCAUCAACACCGAAACGUGAGCCCAACUAAACUGUUGAAUGCUCCUAUGCAGCAAAACAUCAUCCCAGCCAAACUGAUUAGGAACUAGCAGUGGUUUAAUUUCUGAUAGCCUGAUUGUACUCAUUCGAUCUUGCUUCUGCGUGAUCAGAUGCUUUUCAUGUCCAUAAACACUUUAGGUUCACUUUAGUGGAGUGUAGUUGUUGUAGUUUGGAAAGAUGAUAUUUUCUUGUCCUCUUCGAGACUUGUGAUGUAAAUAGGUUGAUGAGAAACUGUGUCAAGAUGCUGCUAUUGCUGUCUCAUAUCAUAAUGAUCUUGGCUUUGGUUCA